UCGCCCACUUGGCCCAGCUGUCGCACAUGACGCCCGGCGAGAUCCGCAGCCUGUACCGCUUCCCGCUCGUCGUCAAGCGCGUCGUCACCAUGAAGUCCAAGGGCAAGAUGCCCUCGAUGUACGCCCUCGUCGUCGUCGGCAACGGCCGCGGCCUCGUCGGCACGGGCGAGGGCAAGGACGACACGGCACAAAAAGCCGUCCAGAAGGCCUUCAACCAGGCCGUGCGCAGCAUGGACUACGUCGAGCGCUACGAGGACCGCACCGUGUCGGGCACCAUGCGCUCAAACUUUGGCUCGUGCAAGGUCGAGAUGCGCUCGCGCCCUCCCGGCUUUGGGCUCCGCGUCAACCCUUACAUCCACCAGGUCGCAAAGGCGGCCGGCAUCUCGGACCUGUCGGCAAAGGUCUACGGCUCGCGCAACCCGACCCGAGUCAUCAAGCUCGCCGUCUCGAUGCUCCACGGCGGCUCGAACCCUCUCGACAUGGGCGGCUUUGGGCGGGAAAAGGGCCAGCGGCGCAACAAGAAGACCAAGGGGAUGGAGACGGCCGAGGCGAUUGGGCGGGCGCGUGGGCGCAAGGCGGUCGACGUGUCGGCAUAGUCGGGCGCGAGCGAGGAGACGAGGCGAACGAAGCGCAUUUCCCCCGUG